AUGGCUUAUACUGCAUUGUUCCAGCGAAACUUCGGUAUUCUGUCAAUCUGUGGUUUCAGCUGUGCCCUUCUGGGUAUGUGGGAAGGCCUACUUGGUACAUUCAUUAGCCCUCUGAUUGGCGGGUCUGGUGGCACCGUCUAUGCCUUCAUAUUUGCAUGGAUAGACACUGCAGCUAUGUCUGUGGGCCUGGCCGAACUGACAUCGAUGUGCAUAUUCAUGAGCUAUAUCGCCGGUUGGUGGGCCGUUCUUGCGUGGCAGUCUGCCCUUGCAGCGUGCGCUUUAAUGACUUGGGUGGAAACUCCUGCUCACAUUCUGACUGUCCUUUUGGGCGUGCACAUCUUUGGGCUUUUCAUCAUUAUGAUCCCAUUAGCUUGCAUGUCGGACCAUAAACCCAAAGACGAAGUAAUGUUGGAAUUCUCAAAUGAAGGGGACUGUGCUUUUGGCAUGUCUCGAGAUGUUGCAAAUGUAUCGGACGUUAUUCCUCAUGCUUUAAUGUUUAAUGUUCUAUUGAAUGGUUGUCUCGGUUUCGGUAUGCUAAUCACCAUGCUCUUUAGGUACCCUUUCAAGGAGACAUUUCACACGGCCACAGGCUCAGUGCCUGGCUCACUAUUCAUGUGCUUUGUUCUUUUGAUCAUCUACUGCUGCUCGCGUAUGGGUCUGCUGGCGGCGGCUUCUCGUCAACUUUGGUUAUUUUCCAGGGUCAGAGGAGACCCUGGUUGGCAUUGGUGGAGCCAGGAGUUGCCAGUGCACUCUAUUGUACUUACAGUCGUCGUCAGUGCGAUGCUAGCGCUCAUUAACAUUGGUUCUUCCGUUGCCCUAGAUGACAGUGUGUCCAUGGCUGUAUCUGGCCUAUAUCUUAUAUUAUGGUACAUUGACAGCAAUGACGACGUUGUCAAUGGGCCUGGUGGGAAGCUUGUCUGGGCACCAUUGCGUUGCUCCGGAGUCUGGGGUAUCUCAAUCAACGCGUUUGCCAUUCUGUACAUUAUAAUUGUCGUCUUUUCUAGUUUUUGGCCCACUGAGAUGCACCCAAGCGUCGAGAUUAUGAACUGGAGCGUGCUCGGUAUCGGAGGGAGCAGCUGUCUUGCUGUUAUAUACUACUUUGCACGUGCCAGGGACAUCUAUGCGGGGCCUAUCCGGGAGCUCCACACAUAAAAGGCAUGCAUGAGUGCUACUGAACUAGCAUGGAU